AAACAAACAAAGAAGAAGAGACGUGUGUAAAGUGCGUAAUAUUUUUCUAAAAUCUAUUUUCGCGAGCAUUGUUCCACAAGACGUGGCAGAAUUCACCAUAGACAAACUUUAUGGGAAAUCCUCAUGUCUGACAGCAUGUUUGAGUUGUGUUGAUAUGACAUUUGUGAUUACUGGGUAGAAGUCCUGCUCGACCAUUGUAUCACGAUUAAAAGCGGAAGUUUACGCCCUUUAGAAAAAGAAAGCAAUCCACGAUGGUGAACGACGGCCUUUCUCUUCUGGUAUACUUUGUAAUUUUUAGUGUCGACUAUGUAUACAGUGAAGAUUUUAAAACUGGGACAAAUCACACUUUUCGUCCAUCGAUACAAGGACCAAUUGAAAGAAUUGACUGGAGAUAUAAUGGGAAUUUGGUGGUUGAUUGGGAUAGUGGCAGUGAUCCAACGUGGUUUCGACUCAAAGAACGAGCAAGUCUUGACAUUAAGACUGGAGACUUAACACUUCAGUUGAAGAAGGAGGACAGUGGUUUAUUUAAAGGUCAAUUCCAGGUGAACGGUAUUCUACACUAUUUUGAACGUACGAUUACAGUGAUCGAUCCAGUCCCUAAGCCAAAAGUGACUUGUGAGCAGAACGGCGUGAACAUAACACUUAGGUGUUCAGUGGACCCUUCAGUGCAGGCAGAGUUUACCUGGUCAGGACCAAAUGGCUUGUCUCAGUCUGGGAAUAGUCUUCAUAUCACCAAAGAAAGUGAGGAGAGAGUCUAUUUCUGCACUGCAAAAAAUAAAGUGAGCAACAGCGAAACAGAGUUCAGUCUUAAAAGCUGUCCCCCCCAAGCUGAAGAUGAUGAAAAAGAUGCAUUUCCCAUUGGUGCUAUUGUUGGUGUUCUCAUUGUACUGGUUCUUAUUGGUCUAGUUUUUGUUGGAGUCUUUUGGAAAAAAAUAAAAGUUUAUUUGCCUGCAGGAUUUCCUGGAGGUACCGCUGGUGGAACUUCAAAUGAACCAAUGUCAAAUGGGGAAUGUGAUCAACCUUUAACUGCAGGAGUACUGAACCGUAAUGUUGAUCCACCAAAAUAGGACGAAGAAAGUGAAGAAGCAUAAGUUGACAAGAUUUAUCUGCAUUCAAAGGAGGAACUACGUGGAGUCAACCAAACUGAGCUACAGUUUGUUCCACUAUUCCCCCCCCCCCCCCCCCCCCCCCCAUUUUUUAAUGUUGGCUGUGGGCCAAAUGACAAAAACCUCUUUAGACAUUUUAAAAUGUGUCCAUGUGCACCUGUAUUAAUCACAUGUAUUUUAUGGUGUUUUAAGGAAUUUAUUCUUUGUAUUCUUUUUCCAAUGCAAACUUGUUUUUUUUUUUGUUAAGUUAUCUUUAUUCCAAAACUAUAGACUGAUGCUUACAAUAGCUUGAUACUCACUAACUAAUAGUCUGAGAAUUAAAUGUAGAAAUAAAGCUAAAAUUCUUUUCAGUCACAGCCUCUGAAAUCUCUCGUCGUUAGGGAUGUGUAUGUGGACGUUUGAUGCCCACAGAAAGAAGCAGAAUGUUGUCAUGCAGACACUGAAAGUGCAUGAAGCAGACAUUUUAGAAAAUGUGAGGUGGCUUGAAUGUAGGUGAAGACUGGAACAUUUAGCUCAAGACAUUUUGUUACCCAAUUUGGAUAUUAUUACUGUGAGGCAAGAACUAGCCAAUACUCCAGGACAUUCAGAAUUGUUUUCUUUUUAUUCUCUUUCCUCAGUAGUUUUCUUUAGGCACAAGAUAGAAGUGGUUGUGGUGUGGAAUGUUCAUAAUUAGGCUUUGUUAAGAAACAGGGAGAUAUGCUGCAGUACAGUACUUGUGACAGUAUGUGCUUACUGUACGUGCGGCGCCAGAUUUUUCUAACCACAUGCAGUUUAUAGCAGGUCACACAUGCACAUUUAAUUCUUUUGCACUAUUUAGUUCUUCCACAAGGUGGCAACAGGGCAGUUGAUUCACAUGGUAGUUGAAGAAAAAAUGGAAUAAACUGAAGGGACAGAAACGCAUGCAGGUUAGAAAGAACCUGCAUUUGUAUAAUUCUAGUCUUAGUGUAUAAGGAUUUGUAUAUGGGUGGUAAUUGUGGCGUGAGAUUGCCCAAGCAUAAUUCAUGUUUUUUGAUUCUUCUUCGUUGUCAUCCUUCGCACCAAAAGACCUGCUUUACUGCUUUGUACUAACUCUUGUACACAGAACAAUAAAACAUAUAAAAGUUAAUAAGAAUUACAAUGUUAAUAAUAAUAAAAGAAGACAUCAUCAGCAGUCAAAUGCAAGUUUAAAAAAGUGUCUUAAGUUGAGCUUUAAAAAUGCCAAAGGUCUGAGCUUCCCUGAGUUCAGGAGGAAGAGAGUUCUAAAGGGGAGGAGCGUAGACAGAAUUUAUAAUAAAUUUAACAGCUUUGGAUAAGACUGAUGUAUAUGUACAUGUUAAUUUCCAAUCAGGAGGAUCUUGGGGGUAGCAAGGCCAGGUGGGAAAAAAAAACUUCUUGCAUUGUCCUCAUGAGUAUGAAAACUUCUCAUUUUAUUAUUGUCCAGUAAAUCGUGGAUUAAACCAAACAAACAAAAGAAUCCUGAUCAGCAGUUAGAUGAUUAAUUUCUUUGUCUAGCUUACAGAUUUUUAGCAUAGUUGCUGAUGUAUCUCGUAUUAUUGAUGUUACAAGCAAGUGCAUUGCACUGACCUGUAGUAGUAAUGACCAAGGUAAAAGGCCUUAGGAGUUAUGUAUACUUCAUCAGCUGUACAAAGUGCUUCUGACACCAUAUUAUGUGAAACUAUGUUCAGCAUGUGUUAAAGUACCCUGCAGUUACUCCCUGGAUUCUUCUCCUCAGAGAAUGUGCUGUUAAACCUCUUGACCACUGUAAAUUUUGCAACAAAACUUUAAUGGUGGUUUUCAUCUGUUUUCAAAAUAGUAAAUGGUAAUUGCCAUUUUAAUGUAUGUUUAUUGAGUUUAAAACAGCUUGCAGUGUAUGACUAUAAUAAAGUAAACUUAUGUGCAAAUUCAUUGUAUAAAUUGUAAAUUUAAUAAAGAUGCUACUGAGUUUCAAA